CAGGUCUCAGGUUGCCAGACAGCAGAGAGCCUCACACAGAGUAACACCAACUAUCCACCACCACAGUCAAACUAUACGCGAGUAUAUAUUCAUCCCAGUGGAGGUUUGGUUAGACAGCGAGAUGACGACUACUAAACCUUGGCUACUAUUGAUGACUCUCCCAUUACUCUUCUACGUUGGUAGAGGAACCACUACUAGUUGCAGUCCACGAGAGAUAGAGUGUGCUACUGGUGAACAAUGCAUCUCCACCCGCCUAGUGUGUAAGGGAGGUACUGACUGUCCUGAUAGCUCUGACGAGAACCCUGAAAUAUGUGAGUUCUGGAAGUAUGACUGUCAAGGAGGGAAAAUCUUAUGUAAUGGCACCUGUUACUCACCCCACAAAUUCUGUAGAAACCUUGAUUGUGCUGCCACCAAGGACCCCAGGCUCUGUAAGAUGAUGAAGAUGCAGAAGCUGCUCCUCGGUAAGCUGGAGGACGUGGUGGAGGCCCCUAAGGACCCUAAGCCACAGCUAAAACUUGCUGACUGUCCUUCACUGUACACAAAGCUUGGCGAUCAGUGCGUCUCCUUCUUACCCACCGCCAAGGUGCCGUGGCCAGAGGCGAGACAGUUCUGCAAGUCCAUCUACAGUGACCUGUGGACCUUCAGUGACCCGACCUCCUUCCUUGCCAUGUACCAAUUUAUCCGCAACAACAACGUAACCUUUGACCUGUGGAUUGGUGGUUACUACGAUCAGCAGCAAUCAGCUUGGGCUUUCAUCCAACCUGGUGACUCAAACCAUGACGCCCCUAUCCGAGACGAUCUACCUAACAAUGCCAUGCCCCUGGGCUUCCCUUAUUGGGCACCCAGGUUCAGCAGCACCUGUGAAGAACCUCCGCCACUUAAAUUCAGUUCUCUCAAUGACCAGGUCAACCCAAUACCCUCUAGCUCCUGCUACAGAUAUGUCCAGGCACCCAUACGACAGUCAACUGGCUGGUGUGCUAUCGUGAACCACAACCUCUCCUUUUACUUAAGUGACGAGGAGUGUCAAAACAAACACACCCCGUUGUGUCUCCUCGUCAGUGAUCCUCGUCUGCAGUAACGAGACCCCUUCUACAGGAACCCAGCAACCAUCUUCAUUCAACCUCCCAACCUUUCUUAUCUACUGUAACCCAUGAUAACUAAUAACUCUGUACUCUGUUAUGUAAGUGAGGGUGAAAUAUGGUCGAUACAGUAAUUAGAACAAGGAAGUUAGAGUCACUGUAUUAAACAUGAUUACCAAAUG